UAUACGUGUUUUAUAUGUACAAGAGCUAGAACAAGAUCAACAGAUGUACCAAAGUCCAACUCUGGAAUAAAAACAUUGUGAGAUGUGUCAGAAUUUGGGACGAAGUGGAUAACGGGAUCAAAGUCCAGAGUUAGCAUAAUAUGUAGUUUGUACGUAUAACCAAAGUUCUAUUCCACUAUGUGUAUCAUUAAUAACGUUGUGUUCUGUUCCAUACUUUAUAUUGUGGUUAAUUCUGAAAGUUCAACUUUCCGUGCCGCCGUUUAUGAACAUGCUGUUAUUAUACCAACCGAGAGAAAAGCUUGGGUUCAUAGGUCUACAGCGUUGGAAAAUAUGAUGAAAAAUUUUGAAAUUUAUAAAGUACAGGCAGAGAUAGCUAACAAACAGAAUGUCAAUAUUUUAGUAUUUCCAGAAGACGGAUUGUACGGUAUGGGAUUUUCCAGAACCGGAUUAGAAUCAUAUUUGGAAUAUAUUCCCGAUCCAAAUGAAAAAUGGAAUGCUUGUAACUUUCCGGACAAAUAUGAAAAUACGGAAAUUCAAAGAAAACUUAGCUGUAUUGCAAAGGACAAUUCUUUAUAUCUUGUUGUAAACAUGGGUGACCAUCAAUCCUGUAAUUCAACAAACGAUACAAAAUGUCCACAGGAUGGCCACUAUCAAUUUAACACAGACAUCGUUUAUAAUCCAAAAGGUGAGCUUAUUGCAAAGUAUCACAAAAUUAACUUGUUUUAUGAAAAGCAGUUUGAUACACCACCUGUUUCGGAACUUGUGACCUUUGACACACCUUUUGGAAAAUUCGCUAUGUUUACAUGCUUCGACAUUUUGUUCAAGAUUCCUGCUAUAGAUUCGUUAAAAGUACAAGGUGUUGGGAACGUCGUAUUUCCUACAGCUUGGAUGGAUGCUUUGCCCUUAUUGGCUGCUAUUCAAUUCCAUUCUGCAUUUGCAGCUGGAGCAAAGGUCAACUUUUUGGCGGCAAACAUAAAUCUUCCUUCAUUCAAAUUUCACGGGAGUGGAAUAUACUCCCCGGAAGGAUAUGGGGCAUUUUAUUACAGCGAAAAACAUGGCGGAAAACUUUUGAUAGCCAAUUUAUCAGUUGUACAAAAUGGCAAUUUUAUAACGAAAGACAUAUAUAGAAGACCAAAAUAUGACCUUGAAUCAAAGAACGAAUCAAGCCAGUUUUAUUCUCACGUUUUUCAUGAUUUAUUUACCUUUGUGUCAUUGACAAACGCGACAGGGAAUAUAAGCGUUUGUAAUGGAAAACUUUGUUGCCAUCUUAAGUACGAGCGGUCUAAUGGCGGAUCUGAAAAUUACGCGUUUGGCGCCUUUGAUGGUUUACAUACAUAUGAAGGUGUGUAUUAUAUCCAAGUUUGCACUCUGCUGAAAUGCAAAUCUUCAUCUAAGGACAGUUGUGGCAAACCAGUAAAAACAGCCUAUACACGUUUUACAAAUCUGAAAAUGACAGGAACAUUCGGAACUCCUUAUAUUUUCCCGGAAAUCCUACUUACAGAUAAUGGUACAUUAAAACUAUCUUCUGGAAACUUGUGGAGUUACGACAGAGGAACAUUACAAUCAGAACGAGGAUUUGAACUUCCUGUUAUUAGUGUUGGAAUGUUUGCUAGAGAUUAUCUUCUGGAUGCAGAUAUACAGCCUGUGGGAGAUUAUGGAACGAAUAUUGCAUUUUGUUGCAAACCGUCCAUCAUUGUAACCAUAUUUGUUUAUAUUUUAUCAUGUAGUUUUCUAUUUGUUGUAUAA